ACGCCCCUCGGUGUUGCGCGGGAACCGGCGGAGGAGGCCAUCAUGAGGAAACUUCGAGCAGCUGUGGGAAGUAAUCUGAGAAAGCAGGCAGCCAGCCAGGAGAGAAGGAAGAAACGUGCCCCCGAUAGUAGCCAGUCUGCUCCUAAGGACCUGGCCAAUCAGCAAGAAGAGGAGAUAUUUCAGGCCUCUGUCUCCCCGUACCAUCUAUUCAGAAAUAGAACUGAAAUAACAGCCUUCAGGAAGAGUCUACUGAGCUGGUAUGACACAGAGAAGCGGGACCUACCCUGGAGAAGACAGGCAGAAGAUGAGGAGGACCUGGAUAGGCGAGCAUAUGCAGUGUGGGUGUCAGAGGUUAUGCUGCAGCAGACCCAGGUUGCCACAGUGAUCAACUACUAUACCCGGUGGAUGCAGAAAUGGCCAACACUGCAGAACCUGGCCAAUGCUUCUCUGGAGGAGGUGAACCAACUUUGGGCYGGCCUGGGCUACUAUUCUCGAGGCCGGCGACUACAGGAGGGAGCUCGGAAGGUGGUAGAAGAGCUAGGGGGCCACAUGCCCCGUACAGCAGACACCCUACAGCAGCUCCUACCUGGUGUGGGGCGGUACACAGCUGGAGCCAUUGCUUCCAUUGCCUUUGGUCAGGCAACCGGUGUGGUGGAUGGGAAUGUAGUACGGGUGCUGUGCCGUGUCCGAGCCAUUGGUGCUGAUUCCAAGAGCACCCUUGUCUCUCAGCAUCUCUGGAGCCUAGCCCAGCAGCUAGUGGAUCCAAACCGACCAGGGGACUUUAAUCAAGCAGCCAUGGAACUGGGGGCCACGGUGUGCACCCCACAGCGGCCUCUCUGCAGCCAGUGCCCUGUGCAGAGCUUGUGCAGGGCACGCCAGAGGGUAGAGCAGGAACAGUUCUCAGCUUCAUGGAACCUGCAAGGCACUCCUGACGUGGAGGACUGCACUCCCAUCACUGGAAAGUGCCAGCUGUGCCUGCCUUCCACAGAACCCUGGAACUACACKUUGGGAGUGGCCAACUUUCCCAGAAAGGCCAGCCGCAGGCCCCCCAGGGAGGAGUACCUGGCCAUCUGUGUUCUGGAGCAGCCCAGAGCCCUUGGGGGUACCCACAUUCUGCUGGUACAGAGGCCUAGCUCAGGUCUGCUGGCAGGACUAUGGGAGUUCCCAUCCGUGACCUUGGAGCACUCAGGACAGCAUCAGCACAAGGACCUGCUGCAGAAACUACAGAGUUUGACUGGGCCUCUCCCUGCUACCCACCUCCAGUACCUUGGAGAGGUGAGCCACACUUUCUCUCAUAUCAAGCUGACAUAUCAAGUAUAUGGUCUGGCCCUGGAAGGGCAGACCCCAGUGACCACACCACCUGGUGCUCGAUGGCUGACCCGAGAGGAAUUUCACACCGCAGCUGUUUCCACCGCCAUGAAAAAGGUGUUCCGUGUAUAUGAGAACCAUCAGCCAGGGACCUGCAAGGGUUCCAAAAGGUCYCAAUUGUCUUCUCCAACCAGCCAGAAAAAGCCCAGCCGGAAAAAGCCCAACCGGGGCCAGCAAGUCCUGGAUAGUUUCUUUUGGCCUCAUAUCCCCACUGACACACCCAGCCUCAACAGUGCAGCCCAGUGAUGCCUCUGAAAGUCCCUAUCCCUGAG